AUGUCGCGCGGCCUCCAGCUCCUGCUCCUGAGCUGCGGUAGGGCCCGAGAGCGCCUGUGGCCCCCGCCCCCGCGCGAGACCCCCUUUUUGUCGCUUGCUCACGGCGCGCGCUCUCUCUCUCUUGCAGCCUGUAGUCUGGCGCCCGCGACGCGGGAGGUGAAGGUGGCUUGUUCGGAGGAUGUGGACUUGCCCUGCACCGCCCCCUGGGACCCGCGGGUCCCCUACACCGUCUCCUGGACCAAGCAUGCUUUUGUUUUUGUUUGUUUUGCACUGGGUUGUAUUUGGGUAAAAUGCCUGUGUGUGCCACGUGGAACUACUAUAGACUUGGAAGCCCAAGGCUUUCCUCCAAAGAGAGGAUUUGAUUCCAGAAGAGGUGGUAGUUGUGUAGGAUCCUGGGUCCAGCUGGGGAAGAACUUUGGGAAAAGAAGGAUGUUAGUUGCUGUAAACAAUUCAUGA